AAUUACGGGAAUAGAAGCAGAGCAGAGAACUCCCUACUGCUCCCUGCAGCUGGCCCUUCCUGUUUCCCUUUUCUCUCUCACUUCUCUCUGGGAUUCUGAGGAUUCAUGGUGGAUCCUGGUCGAAUCGACCCUCUGUGAUCACAGCUGCUCGCUCGGCACCGAUCGGGGUGGGUGGGAGCUUCUCUCGGAGCAAUCUGGGUUAGGGUUUCUUGCUUGCUGGGGAGGAAAAGGCCGAGACUUGUGAGGAUGGAGAGCGUGCUGUCGACCAACGACCAGGAGAGCAUGAUCUCUUCCUUCCUCGAGAUCGCCGUCGGGCAAUCCGUCGAGACCGCGCGCCAGUUCUUACAGAUGACAAGUUGGAAGCUUGAUGAUGCAAUUCAACUAUUUUAUGUCGGCAAUGAAGCGGGUGGUAUAGCACCACAGCUCCAAGCCCCCGUAACUGAUGAGACAAAUGCUGUUCUGGCAGAAGAUGGGUCGAGGGUCGAUGGGGCACAUGAUAAUGCUGGUCAAAAGGACGGAGAUGAUGCAGUGCGGGCUCCUUUACCUGUUAGAAGGGAGGUUCUCUACGAUGAUGCGAUAUUAUUCCCAGCAUCGGGGAUAGGCCACCCAUCAAAUGAAUCAGCUCCAUUAGUUGCAUUUCGCAAUUUUGAUGAGGAAAUGAAACGCCCUGGUGUAUGGGAAUCAGAACGAGGCAGUACGUCCACUGCUGAUAAUUCUCGCGAUAAUCUUGCUUCUCUGUAUCGUCCUCCUUUUCAUUUGAUGUUUCGAGGAUCCUUUGAGAAGGCGAAAGGAGCUGCUUCAAUGCAGGACAAGUGGCUAUUGGUGAACUUGCAGUCAACUAGGGAAUUCAGCUCACAUAUGCUCAACCGGGACACCUGGGCCAAUGAAGCUGUUGCUCAAACCAUUAGUACUAACUUUAUCUUCUGGCAGGUAUAUGAUGACACAAGUGAGGGCCGCAAGGUUUGCACAUACUACAAAUUGGAUUCUAUUCCUGUAGUUCUCGUCAUUGACCCGAUAACAGGCCAAAAGAUGCGAUCCUGGCUUGGGAUGAUCCAGCCUGAGAGUUUGCUCGAGGAUCUCUUACCUUUCAUGGAUGGUGGCCCUAAAGAUCACCAUGUAACUCUGUCGCAUAAACGUCUCAGAGAAACAAAGCCGACUCCUCCACAGAAAUUAAAGAAUGUGAGCAAAGAAGAGGAUGGGGAUUUACAGGCUGCAUUAGCAGCUUCUUUGGAGGAUUUUAAAGACUCAGGUGCAGCAACUGAGGAAGGCAAUGGUACUACCAAGGAGGAAGAGACAUGCUCGAGCAACAAGCCUGAAUUUCCCCCUCUUCUUGAAGAACCAAAGGUAGACAGGAGCCUUCUCUGCAGGGUUGCAGUGCGUUUUCCUGACGGACGCAGGGCCCAGCGUAAUUUCCUCCGAACUGAUCCAAUACAGCUUCUGUGGUCAUUCUGCCAUGCGCAGCUGGGGGAGGGAGACAAGAGCAGGUCAUUCCGUUUGGCCCAGGCCAUUCCGGGAGCAUCGAAGUCUCUGGACUAUGAUAGCAAGUUGACGUUUGAUGAAUCGGGCCUCGCCAACUCUAUGAUUUUCGUCACCUGGGAAUGAGGACGAGUUGAUCAUAUUGUCCUUUCCGGGAUGGGAUCAAUUGAACAAAUAACUCUCCUCUUAUCUUUCCUUCCCUUCCCCUCCUUUCCAAUUUCAUUGGUAACUUACGGACCGUGGCACGGUGUUCCCUUUGCUUUUGCUGUUUUUGCUGUCCCCGAAGGUGAAGUCAGAGGCUGUGGUUGUAGUUGAUAGUUUUUGGUCCUGAUUUCAUUUGUAAAUCUAAACUGUAAGUAUAAAUGUCAGCACUGGAGGCAGCUUCUUGAGAAAUAUCCAUGCAAAACCGAAUUACUACAAUCA